UUCCAAUCCAAACUCUUGGUUUCUCUCUCAAAACAUACUUAGAUUUCUCGAACCGAUUAGCAAACGGUUCAAGCUCAAGAAUCAAGAUCGUGACGACGCAAAUCUAUAUGCACAUUUGUGUAUAAGGUAGAGAAAGUUACAUAUCAAAAGGAAAUAUUUUGAUGGGAUUACUGGAAUUAUCAACGAACGAAAAUGAAUAUCUUUCAUGGCUGAAGAAACAUCCAUCUGCAUUGGAGACAUUUGACGAAAUAAUUGUGAAAGCCAAAGGGGAUAAAAUUGUUGUGUUCUUGGAUUAUGAUGGAACUCUCUCCAACAUUGUACCAAAUCCAGAUGAAGCUUUUAUGUCCAAGAAGAUGAAAACAGUAGUAGGUGAAGUCGCACGUUGUUUUCCGACUGCGAUCAUAAGUGGAAGAAGCCGCGACAAGGUUUAUGAAUUUGUAAAAUUAGAUGACAUAUAUUAUGCUGGGAGUCAUGGGCUUGACAUAGCAGCUCCAUUUCAGUGCAUCAAGGUUGGAGAUUCAAAUUCCCAUAAUAAAUGUGUUGACAAAAAUGGUGAUGAAGUUGUGCUUUUCCAACCAGCACAGAAAUACCUGCCUUCAAUUUACAAGAUACUUGAUGCACUGAAAGAGGAAACCCGGAAUAUCAAAGGUGUCGUGCUGGAGAAUAAUAAAUUUUGUGUUACGGUACAUUUUAGACAUGUUUCUAAUAAGGAUUUUUCGAUGCUCGAAGAACUUGUCACAUCUGUGGUACACAACUUCAAAGAGUUCCGACUAUCAAAUGGCAAAAAGGUUUUUGAGAUUCGACCAGAUAUCGAGUGGGAUAAAGGACAUGCAUUAGAGUAUUUACUUGAAACACUUGGAUAUGGAAGUUCAAAUGAUGUUUUUCCUAUUUAUAUUGGCGAUGAUCGUACAGAUGAAGAUGCAUUUAAGGCUAUAAAGAAUAGAGGAAAAGGGUAUUCAAUUGUUGUUUCAUCAACCGAAAAGGAUACCAUGGCUUUAUACUCUCUUCGGAAUCCUUGUGAUGUCAAGAAAUUUCUAUCUCGCCUUGUGAGCUGGAAGAAGGGAUCCAAUUAAAUGAAAUUUGUUUCUAGAAAUUUAUUUAAAAUAUCUAAUGUUACAAAAUUAAACUCUCUAAAGUAUAGAGUUUAGAAUGAGUUAAUAAAGUUACUCAAAUAUUUACAACUGAAUUACAAAAGUAAAGUACAUAGUAACAACAUGAAGAAACACAUCAUGGUUUCUUUAUUAGCUAUAUAUGUAAUGAAUGGACAGUGAUCUAAUGUAUACACAUAGAUCAAUAAAAAUAUUUAGCGUUUCAGAAGAUAAUAGAGAAAAUUGAGAAAACACGAAGAUGAAACCGAAAUUAUAUGUUCUUAUGCUUCA